UUCCAGUCUCCAACCACCAGCAGCAGACCUUGCUUGCAUGUUCUGUUAAUUUUAGACUGAACUCGAGCAUAAAACUCAUUAACUUCCUCUUCUUCUGCAUCAGUCAUUGGGGUAUAGACUUGAAGAACUGUCAUGUUAAAGGGUUGUCCACAAAUCUAAUUGAUAUUAAUCAGUCACUGACCGCAUUGUACCCAAGUACAGUCAUUUCUAUAUCCUUCCUGACUUCAAAAUCAACACCAUUGCUUCUUUGUUCUCACGUCCUGAGUAGUAAAUGGUACGAUUUUCUGACUGAAAGUAUCUUAUCCCAGUCUACUUUAAUUCACUGAUGCCUAAGAUGUUAAUCUGUAGUCAAUUCAUUUCAUCUUUCACUGUGUUGAGCUUUCCCAUAUUCAAGCUUCUUAAGUUCCAUGUUCCCAUUGUAAAUGGUUGGUUGGAGACUGGAAUGCCAAAGUUGGAAAUGGUAAAGAGGAAAAAUACAGUCGGACUGUGUGGCCUAGGAAACCGAAAUGAAGCAGGAGAAUGACUUAUUAGUUUUUGCCAAGCCAAUGAUCUCUUCAUCGCUAACACAUUCUUCAUACAAUCAAAGCAGCACCUGUACACAUGGACAUCACCAGAUGGAGUACACAGAAAUAACAUUGUUUACAUUAUUGGUGCAAGGAGGUGGAAGAGCUCAGUUAUAACAGCAAAAACGUGGCCAGGGCCCAAUUGUGGAACAGAUCACGAACUGCUCGUGCAAGUUCCAAGUCAAGCUAAAGUGGAAAAAUAAAGCUAUCCAGCUCCCAUGAUAUGAUCUUGAGAAUGUACCCACCAUUUUCAAGGAGAACAUCAGGAACCGCUUUGUGCUGAAUCUCAUUGAUAGGGAACCAGAGGAACUGUGGAAGGAAAUCAAGGAAGUUGUUAAGGAUUAAUGUGAAAAGAGACUGCCAAAGAACAAGAAACAGAAGAAAGGCAAAUGGAUGUCAGAACAGAUGGUGGAAACUGCCAAAAAGAGGAGAGAAGCCAAAGUUUAAAAAAGAUAAAGACCUCAGGAAGGAACUUAAUAGGGAAUUUCAGAAAGCUGUUAGAAGAGACAAGGAGCAGUAGUACAAUGACAUCUGUAAAGACCUUGAGGAUGGAAACAGACAUGGAAAAAGAAGGAAAGUUUUCCAAAAGAUCUCUGAACUCAGAAGGAGGUUCCAACCUCCAAUUGGUAUGUUAAAGGAUGCCAAAGGACAGAUAGUAACUGAUUAAGAGAAGAUCAAACAGAGAUGGAAGGAGUAUACUGAAAAUCCGUACAGCAGGGACAUCAACAUCCAAGAUACUCUAGAAGAUAUUCCCUGCUUGCAAGAACUUCUAGUACAGGAAGAUGAAGUUAGAUCACCACUCCGGUCAUUACCAAGUUGGAAGGCUACAGGAAUUGAUGGAAUAGCUACAGAAAUAUGGCAAGCAACAGAAGAAGAAUCAGCCAAGGCUCUAACCAAACUAUGCCAGCAGAUUUGGAGAACAACACAGUGGCCAACAGAUUGGAAGAGGUCAGCCUACAUACCCAUACAAAAGAAAGGAGACUUAACAGAUUGCGCAAACCAUCGUACAAUAUUCUUAAUUUCACAUUCUAGCAAAAUAAUGCUCAGGAUCAUCCAGCACAGAUUAGAGCCCUGCGUGGAAAGGGAAAUGCCGGAUGUUCGAGCUGGUUUAAGAAAAGGCCGAGGAACAAGAGAAAUCAUUGUUGGAUAAUUGAAAAAGCCAAAGAAUACCAAAAAUAAGUCAAUAUGUGCUUUAUUAGCUAAAAAAAAAAACACCUUUGAUUGUGUUGACCAUGUCAAGUUGUGGAAUAUCCUUAGGAAAUGUUGGCGUCCCAGAACAUCUCAUUAUUCUCAUGAGAAACCUAUACACAGGACAGGAAGCCACAGUCCAGAUGGAACAUGAUGAAACAGACUGGUUCCAGAUCAGCAAAGGAGUAAAACAAGGCUGUAUACUUUCUCCUUAUUUAUUCAACUUAUAUGCUGAACAUAUACUGAGAAAAGCUGGAUUGGAAGAAGAUGAGCGUGGUUUUAAAGUUGGAGGAAGAAACAUCAAUAACUUGUGCUAUGCUGAUGACACCACUCUGACAGCUGAGAAUGCGGAUGAUCUGCAAGCUCUAGUAAUGAAAGUCAAGGAGCACAGGGGAAAAAUUGGAUUACAAUUAAAUGUCAAGAAGACUAAACUAAUGACAAGGGGUACAGCAACCAGCCUCAGAAUUGAUAAUGAAGACAUUGAAGUGGUAGAUAGCUUCUGCCUUUUAGGAUUGACCAUCAACAGUAAAAGAUCCAGCAGUCAAGAAAUAUGCUGCAGACUAGCACUUGGCAAUGAAGAUCUUGGAAAGGAUAUUUAGAUGCCAUGACAUGUCUAUACCUACAAAGGUUAGAAUUGUUCAGACAAUGGUUUUUCCCGUGACACUCUAUGGAUGCACAAGCUGGACUUCGAAGAAGCAAGAUAGAAAAAGCAUUGACGUUUUUGAACUUUGGUGCUGGAGAAGACUUUUGAGGAUACCAUGGACAGCCAAGAAAACAAACAAAUGGAUCAUAGAACAAAUCAAUCCAGAAUUUUCACUCGAGGCACAAAUGACCAGGCUCAAACUAUCAUAAUUCAGGCACAUUAUGCUAAAACCCAGCUCCCUUGAGAAGUCCAUAAUGCUGGGAAAAGUUGAAGGAAAGAGAAGAAGUGGAUGACCAGCAGCAAUGGACUUGAUUACGACAGCAAUGAAUGCACCACUGAGAAACCCUAAAGGACAAGUUGAAGACAGAUCAUCCUGGAGAGAAUCUAUCUAUGUGGUCACUAAGAGUCGACACCAACUUGACGACACUCAAUCAAUCAAAUAAUCAAUCAAUCAAUAUUGAGGUAAAAGGAUGUGAGCACACCCUUCUGCCCCAGUCUUUGGCUGUAUGAAUGCUUGGGCGAGCCGGAUGGCUAGAGCACCCAGCAGCGGGAAAAUCCCCCAAUGCACUGCACUCCUCAUAUGAUGCAUUGUGGGAUUUCUGGAGGCCGAGCUUCAUUUCCCUGACCUCCAGAUGGCCACGUUGCUCACUGUGUGAAUGUGCCAACAAUGCGACCAAAGAGGAAGCCUGGAUCAUCUGGGAGGAAGGUAGGUGCAAUCCUGCCUUCUCUCCACCCACCACCCACCACCCUCCCCAGCCCCACAUAGAUUGGUCAACAUUUAAGUCUCUAGUGGUUUAGCAAUAGCAAUAGCAAUAGCACUUACAUUUAUAUACUGCUCUAUAGCCGGAGCUCUCUAAGCGGUUUUACAAUGAUUUAGCAUAUUGCCCCCAACAUUCUGGGUACUCAUUUUACCGACCUCGGAAGGAUGGAAGGCUGAGUCAACCUUGAGCCUUGAAUUGUUUACACAAUUCAAAAUACAAGCACAAAAAUUAACACAAGCAAAAUAAUUAAAAGCAACACAACAUUUAAAAACUAUUUAAAAACUAUUUAAUUAACUCAAAGCCUGGCUAAACAGGUGUGUCAUGAGAUUAUUUCUAAAGCCUGCCAGGCAUGCUGAAACUCUAAUUCCAACCAGAAGUGCAUUCCAAAGUCUCAGGGUGGCUAUAGAGAAGGCCCAACCCUAGGUCUCCACCAGGUAUGCUGGUGACCAUUGUAAGCUGACCUCCUCUGAUGAUCUUAGUAAGUGGUGAGGCUCAUGAAGAAGAAGGUGCUCAAAUACCCUGGGCCUAAGCCAUUUCCUUCAAGGUACGUUUGUUUCUGUGUAGGGAAACAUCCAGCACCAUCUGUCAUGAAAGCAACAUUAAGGUUCUUUAAUAAAACCCACAUGAUUUUCAUCAGGUUAUACUUCAGGCAAAACUGCAGUGAUAGUGACAGUUCCCAACUGUAUUUGGAACUUGGGUGCCAGUGUUAUCGAUGGGAUUUUCUUCUAUGCAUAGUGUUUCAUUCAAAGUAUUAAAAAACUACACAUGGGGAAAAUUAAUAGAGCUAGCUCUUGCAAAUAUUCUUCUAGGGUCUGAUACCAGAUCAGAUCUUUCAUGCCUUGAUAUGCUGCAAACUGGAAACCAUUUGUUCAGGUUAAUUUUAAUUGAAGGACUCUGUACUACUACAGAUUAAGUUAUUGGUAGUGCAUUGCCUGUUAUGAACCAAUAGCAGCUGUCAUGCAUAUGUAUAUGUGGUAGCUUAACAUGCCUAUUAAUAAUUAAUAUGCCUUGUUCCUCCUCUGCCUCCACCUUUGCUCUGCUCUGGUAUUUUACCUUGUGCAAUCCAGCAGCCUCUCUUUCUGCCAAGAUGUUCAAAAUCGGAACUUUUUUGCAGAAAUCCUGGAUUCUCUUCCAGCUAUGUCUCUGUACUGCUUUUGGUAAAAUUUGUAUGAUCUUAUUCCCAACCACUGUAAAAAGAUAUAUACUGAAACAGGGUGAAAAGAGCAGCAUUGGGAAGAACCCCAAUUUCAUCUAUGAAAACUGGGGUCCGACUUUCUUCAGCUUCCAGUACUUACUCUUUGUCUUGAAAGUCAAAUGGAAACGACUGGAAGAUGAAGCAUUUCAAGGUGGUCCUGCUCCCAACACACCAGUGGUAGACUUUGGAGAAGAAACUCAUCACAUCCUGGAUUUCAUGCAAGACAACAGGCCUUUGGUCCUGACAUUUGGAAGCUGUACCUGACCUUCAUUUAUGUUCAAAUUUGGCGAGUUUAAGAAACUUGUCAAAGAUUUCAUAUCUGUAGCAGAUUUCCUUGUAAUCUACAUUGAAGAAGCCCAUGCCUCAGAUGGAUGGGCUUUUAAGAACAAUAUUGCUAUAAAAAGACACCGAAAUCUCCACGAUCGUAUGCAAGCUGCACAGCUCCUGCUGAAAGAGGAACCCUUGUGCCCUGUGGUUUUAGACACUAUGGAAAACCUGAGCAGUUCCAAAUAUGCAGCUCUGCCAGAAAGACUUUACGUGCUCCAAAGAGGAAAGGUGAUCUAUAAGGGUGGAGUGGGACCUUGGAAUUAUUGUCCAGAAGAAGUACGUGAAGUUUUGGAGAAACUACUCUAAGUGCAUAAAACAGAAUUGCCCCAGUCUGUUGAUGAAUUUUUAAUACAAGUAUACACAACAAAUUAAGCAUCUUGUCACUGUAAUAAUCCCUUGACUAUCUGAAACUUCUAGCAUCAGUGCUAUGGUAAGUGGCACAUGCAUACAACAGUAGUAGAGUAGCCGUAGUGCGUGAAGCAUGCAAGUUGCUUCACGUGAAUGGCCUGCCAUAUGGAGCAGCUUCCACACAGUCCAAGAAGAAGAAUGAAGCCUCCUGGAGGUCUGAGAGUGUCCCCAUCCAAUAUAGUUCACAGCCUGACAAUGGAUGGUGGCUAUUUAGAUCUACCACCCAUUCUGAUGAGGAGCAGCUUCUACGAAAGACCCCAGCCUCCUGGAUGACUGGUUAGGGGACAGGGGACCUUUGCAUGGAACGAAGGAGUUCUGGCUCCUACUAGUGUGUGAUUUAUCAAAGCAAACAUACAGAGGUGUUCUAACCUGGCUCACAAAGUGCAUGGGCACAUAUGUAGCCUCAGCACUUUGCCAUCCGCAUACAAUGUGCAGUGACAAGAUAAUGCCUACAGAUGUUUGCUAGCAUAGAUUAUAAAAUCUUUCUGAAUGGAACUUUUGUAAUAACUUGCUUUAUUUUGUUUCUAUUCAUAUUUGUUUAUGAUAGUCAUAGCUUAAAACGCAGAGAGCUGUGGCUUGAUUUAGAGGGAAAAUAUGUAUAGAAACAUAUUAAAUCAUGUCAAAUAAUCUGGGCAUGCUUAAACUUAA